AUGGCGCUGGCGGCUGCUGCGGUGGCUGGUGGCGUAGCCACCACAAUGUAUCUUGAUGCCAAGUAUCACCUCUCGAAAGACAUACGAUGGCUUCGAGGUCGCUAUAUGACGGCCAGGGCUAUCGAAAACGCUAUUAAGAAUGAUCGGGUUUCGCCAUAUUACAUCUUCGAAGAAGCCGCGCAGAGAAAUCCUUAUGAAGAAGCCAUUUGGACGCGGAACGGUAGUUUGUUGGCCAUCGGUGCAGCUCCGGCCAUGAUCAACUACAAUCUUACCGGCAAGGCGCUCCUUGGUUGCAUAAAAAUCAGUACCGCGAGGCUUAUCCUCGUCGAUGGGCCUCCAGAAGUCGCCGAUAAGUACCAAGAUGCUAACAUUCGCAGUGGAACAACCGGCUUGCCCAAAGCAGUUGCGUUUCCCGCCGUCACUGCUACUGGCUUAAGCAGCCUCGUCAUGCAAAGAUCACCAGGGUCCAGCGAGAGAUGCUACAUAUGCAUGGCAGGAUCAACCGUUUGCAUGGCCCCAAAGUUCAGGGUUUCCACAUUCUGGGACGACAUUCGCGAAUCCCACGCAACGUGGUUCGUUUACGUCGGCGAAACGCUCCGAUACCUUGUAGCAGCACCGCCCUCACCGCGCGACAAAGAACACAGCAUCCAUACCGUACUAGGAAAUGGCUGCCGACCAGACGUAUGGAAGCGCUUCCUAGAACGAUUCGGCGUCGAUGCGAUUUGCGAGUUUUACAACAGCACCGAGGGCGUACUGGACCUUCGUAACUUGUCGCGGGGAGACUUUCUUGCCCAUGCCGUUGGCCAUUACGGAUUGCUGCUCCGGCUAAGAUACAGAAACAUGAUAGUUCCCGUUGCGAUCGAUACGGAAACUGGUGAUGUUAAGAGAGACCCGAAGACCGGGCUUGCCGUUCGGAUGCCUUACGAGGUUGGCGGAGAGAUUCUGGUCGCGCACCCGGGAGAGCGGGCGUUUCCUGGAUAUUUCAACAACACAGAUGCAACAGACAAGAAGUUUGUGAAGGACGUGUUGAAGAAGGGGGAUACUUUCUAUCGGACUGGUGACUCGUUAAAACGCGAUGGUGAUGGUAAAUGGUAUUUCUUGGAUCGCCUCGGCGAUACCUACCGAUGGAAGGGCGAGAAUGUGUCCACAGCAGAGGUCUCCGAAGUCCUUGGAAGUUAUCCCGGUGUGAAUGAGGCAGUAGUCUACGGUGUCUCUCUCCCCGGCCAUGAUGGAAAAGCUGGCGCUGCUGCACUGGACAUCGCUGCUGAUAGGAAGGAAUCGUUUGAUUUUGCCGACUUUUUGAGGAGUGGCGAUGCGAAUUCCGAUUCACAGUCAGCGCAGUGGACAGAGUCCCUAUCGCCUGAACAGCCUCAGUCCGACGCAAAUCCAAGGAUUGACAUGCCUCCUCCUGAUCACGUCGAGAUUCCCAUCGUCGACAAGAAUGCUAAUGCUCAGCUACCGGCGCAAGAAGCGCAACUCGCAUUCGACGCCCAUAAGCUAGCAACUGCUGACGAAUUCCUUCCGCACUUUGCUGCGGUGAUAAUCGAGAAGGGCAUUUCUCAGAAACAGGCGCGCGCAACAUGCACAUGGCCAGCAGAUACAUACGUCGACUUCCAAUUUUCUGACUCGGUAGAAUGGGUUCUCGAGGAUAGGCCAGUGUUGGAGAUCGAGCUACGGCGACGCGAAUGGCACGACUUUGUCAAAAGUGGCAUGAUACCGUACACAAGCGUCAAGGACCGAUUUUUCGGGAGGGGUUUGGUCAUUGUCGCGGGCAAUGCCGACACGAUAAUGCGCGUCAAGGUGAUCUUACGCCAGCUGAAGAAGCUCGGUUCGUCAAUACCCAUUGAGAUUCACUACUGGGAUAACGAGAUGGAUAUCGGAGUCAUGGCGGACCUUAACGCGCUCUACACGCCGAUAUACUACAACGACUUGUCGAAAGAACAUAACAUUGUGCACAUAAAGAAGGACGGAUAUUUCGGUAUUAACUAUCAACUAAAGACAGCAGCUUUGUUGAAUGCCCGAUGGGCCGAGCCAAUAUUGUUAGACUCGGACAACAUUCCAAUCUUGGACCCGGCGACCCUGUACGAUUCCGUUCAGUAUCAAGAGUACCACUCGGUAUUCUGGCCCGACAUCGCUCGCACUAGACCUCAGAAUCCUGCUUGGGCGAUCUUCAACACUCCGUGUCGAAUGGCCGAGUACGAACAGGAAAGCGGACAGCUGCUUGUCGACAAGACGCGAUUUUGGUACCAUUUGCAACUUGCGUCAUGGCUCAAUAACGAGCAGGGAAAAUACUACAAUGAGAUGUUGUUGGGCGACAAAGACAUGUUUCGUUUCGCGUGGCACGCGUUGAAAACCAAUUUUGGCAAGCCGAAGAAAUGGUUGACGAGCGUCGGGACGGAAAACGACGGUUUCUACUGCGGACAUUCUUUCGCACAACAUCAUCCCGAUGACGGACGCGUAGCAUUCCUCCAUGGGGGCCUUUUGAAGACGGUGUCACUUGAGGUGAUGAGGUGGAAUCGAGAUGUCAAAGGAGGUUAUCUACGGCAUUACAAGAAAGCCUCCAGUGAAGAAAGUCCCGAGGUCAACGUAAACGUCGCCAUUAAGUUUGACGGAGCAGCUUACAUGCCCGACCAUUCCGAAAAGUUCCAAGCCGCUCAGUGCACCGACAUGUUCGACGUCGAGGCAAGGGACAUGAAUGAGAUUCUUCCCGGCUUCGAGCAGACAUUCCGCGAAAUUGGGGGCUAUUGGCAGCUAGACCAGGAGGAUGUGGUUAGGUUUAGCCACAGCGACUUCCCCCAAAAACGGUGA